CAUACGACGGGUUUAGUGUCGGGUUGCGUCCCAACGACGCCGCUUCACGUGCGGUCGCUUGUCUACCCGCGCCGCGCCUGCGCAAUGAACUAUCAAACUGCUCUCAUUCAAAACACCAUAAUCUAAACAUCUACAUCUCACCUAUCCAUUAGCUGCUUAUAAAUAAAUAAAUUAUUUAUUGUGACCUGUGAUGUUGCGUCUAACUAAAAUGGACUUUACGGAAUGGAGCCUAUGAUUUCAGUGUGUUAUGAUAAUACAGUGAUUAUAAGUGAUAGUGAACGAUAUUUCAGUGAUAUACAUCUGAGAAGGACAUUAAAGAUACGGGUAUGAGUCGGUGAACGUUACCGGUCCGGGUGACGAUUGACCGGCUGUACGGACUCAACUCAAGCGCUUGACUCUGAAAUGCGGAUAGCGGUGCGGACUUAAAGUGCGUGUGUAAAAAGCGAUGCAUGGUUUGUGAGGUCGGAGCGGCGGCCAUGGACAUGAGCGGCGAGGGCGGCGGAGCGGGCGCGGCGCAGCAGCGCUGGUACGACAGCCGCGUCAACGGCAGCCCGGGCGGCGACGUCGGCUCCGAGGCCAACGGGGACUUCUUCCACUCGCCGCUGGAGGGCGGCCACCACAGCCGCGCCCGCUACUACCACCAGCAGAUGCACGCACCCUACUCGCCGGCGGUCGGCUCGCACGGUCGGACGCUGAGCGGCGGCAGCGGGCAGGUCUGCAGGCCGCACUUCCACACGCCGCUGCACCCCUGGCUCGACUCCAAAGCGCUCGGCAGCGGAGCCUGGGGCGGGGGGUUCCAGCAAGACACGCCCGCUGACAAGCCCCUCUCGCCCGCGCAGCAUCCUCACCCCCAUCCUCUGUUCUCCUUCCCCCCCACGCCGCCGAAAGACUCGACGCCGGAUUCCGUGGCGGCGGCGGCGCUGGGCCAGCAGGACUACCAGGCUGCCGUCGCGCACGCCACGGCCAUGAGCGUCGCGUUCAUGCAGCAGCAGCAAGAGCUGCCGUUGUGUGGUGACGUCAAGCCCAUGAUGGGCGUGCCCCCCUCCAAACAACGCGAAGGUGCGCAGCCCGACACGUGUCCCCAAGAGAGCCAGCCCUCCGGGGAGUACAACGCGCAGUACAACAGCGACUAUUACAACUACCAGGGGAAGGGGUAUAGCGGGCAGCAGCAGAGUAAGCCUCGCCCGAACAAGACGCGAACGAGCGCCGAGGGUCGAGAAUGCGUCAACUGCGGUGCGACGAGUACGCCCUUAUGGCGGCGCGACGGCACCGGCCACUACCUCUGCAAUGCUUGCGGACUCUACUACAAGAUGAACGGACAGAACCGACCCCUCAUCAAGCCCAAGCGGAGACUGGUGAGUUCGCUGCAGAGCGCGGCGCGGCGGGCGGGCACCUCGUGCGCUAACUGCAAGACCACGACCACGACGCUGUGGAGGCGCAACCAGAACGGAGAGCCGGUGUGCAACGCGUGUGGACUUUACUACAAACUGCAUAAUGUAAACCGACCGUUAACAAUGAAGAAAGAAGGCAUCCAGACGAGGAACCGCAAGCUUAGCAGUAAAAGUAAGAAGAAGAAGGGAGGCAUGGGGAUGGGCAUGGGUGGUGGCGGUGCGUGUGCUCUAGCUUUGGGCGGGGUCAUGGGCGACAUGAUCAAACCCCUCGGCGAUGCUACCAAAGGCUUUGGGGGCUCGGCGUUUCCAUCAGCUAUGGAUUUCGGUCAGCAUCAAGUAGGCUUAGUACACCCAGCGGCGGCUCACAUGUCCCACUGGUACGGCGCGCCGCACCAGGGCUUCGCCCCCCCGCCAACGUCACACAACCCCUACCAUCACCAUCACCUCGCGCAAUUAAAUUCUAUGACCGGCUGGAGGAGUGAAUAUACGUGAUAAGUCAACCAAACAAGAGCAUAACUCGGUAUGUCGGUGAUUAUGUAGGCAUAAAGUCCCUCGGACGGAGCGACCCAAAACAAAGGCAUCACAAAAAUAGAACCUGUGAUUCCACCCGUAGUAAUAAACAUAAAUGUUACUUUGCUUUAACAGUGAAAUGUUUAAUGACGUUUUAUGUAAUCUAAAGGUGCUGAUAGACUUGACCAUUUAUUUGUAACAGAAAAUCGAGCAUUCGCCGUUUUUGGAGUUUACUCGUACUCCUUAAAAAUCGAUCAAAUAUAGCCCCCAGUAUAAAAAAAAAUAUGGGCAGUAAAAUUCGAUGAACGAAUGUCAGCGUUUUGUGCGCAACCUAUUCUGCGCACAUUUCACUUUUCAGGCGUAGGUAUUGAGACGUACAUAGUGUAUGCUGCGGGGCAACAUACACCUAUUUAGACAGUCGAUCUGAAAGAGUAAACUCCAUUCGUACGUCGGAGCUGACACACAGUUUUAUAUAUUUGUCGAAUUGAACAACGAGCCGAGCCAAGCAUAGAGCCAAAUAUUACUACGAACAUUUUGAGAAUUCUAGCUCUACUCGAUGUUUCCAUUCCUAACAAAUCUGCUCGCUAGAAUGCUCGCCAGAACGCUUGAUAGAAUACUCACUAAAAUGUUAUCGUAUUUUUCUGUGAUGUAAUAUUCGCACAUCAAUUGCUCAUUACAAGUGAAUGCUCAAGUCUAUCAGCACCUUAAUAAAGUUACUGUGAUGGUUCGAAGCGCCUAAAUUAACGCAUUCUAACAUGAUACCAUAUAAAAUGAACUGUUACAUUUAUGUCGAAAGUCAAGGUGCGUAAUAUUACGUCAUAAACGUCAUAUAACGUUUUGCGUUAAAAGUUUUAAUUACUUACUCAUUGACACGUCACACUAAUUUAUAAGACUGUUGGACAGAAUUGAUGUUUGUAACGCUAUACGAACGCACAUUAUCUGCAACAUGAAUUGAAGAACAUAUCUGAUGCGUAAAUAAAAACCCAAUGUGGUUUCCCAGUGAAAUGCUUUUAUAUUCCGUCAUAUUGUUCCCUACAAGUAUUGAAAUCUAUGCGUUGUGUUACAUUGAACUGCCUGAUUAACUGAAAUAGUUUUCUCUUAGCAAACAAUUUAUUUGAUUAAAUUACAUACAAGUUGCGGUUUUUGCGUUUGCGUAAUUUAGGAAGUCGACUGAAAAUUAAAUUUAAAUAUUUUUUCUGGAAUAAAACAUCGUUCGUAUUUCCUACAGACCAUUAUAAUUAUAGAUCUACAGAUUGUGUUAUUUUUAUUAAGGAGCAAAGAUGCCUUAUGCUAUUGUAAUGUAUGUUUCGCGUUUUUCAGACAACGCUACUCUUAAAGCUCUUUGACACGUUUGCGUUUGCGUUCAUCCAUGAUUUUGAUUUUGCGACAACGCAACGCUACGUCAAAGUUGACGACGUUAUAAUAAGGAAUGCGUUUUGUUUCAAUUAUAAUUUAAAAAAUGAAGUUACGAAAAAUUUGUGUUGUUUGUAGAAUGAGGUAGUUCAGUGUGACACGAUUCUUUGAUUAUUUUACAUGAUAAAGUAACUAGCGAAAUUGUACAGUAUUAUAAUAUAGAUAAGGUCGGUUACUAUGUCCGCUUAGAUGAUUUAUAUAAAUAUAUAAGUAGGUACUGUUCGUAAACAAUUUAUGUAUUUUGUACAUAAUAUUAUAUUAAGUUAUAUUCCGUUCCUGUAUAGAUUGUUUUUAUUAUUGUGUUAUUGUAUUUAAUUUUGAACUGUUCAGUUCGCUAUAGGAAUUGUGAUGUGUUCAAAAAAAAUAUUCCACAUAUUUCUUUUGUAAAUUCGAUUCGUGUAGUCUUAUGGAAACGCAAUAGUAAUUUAUAUAAAUAGUUGUAAUUCGUGCGAGUUGUAAAUAAAUUUACGGUAAAAUAUUGUCAGCAUGGAGGACUGUUCACGGAUUCGUCACCCGAAAGUUUCUUAUUUGAUUCUCUUGAAGGUCACAGAAUUGGGUUAUCACCAAAUUAUUGUAAAUUUAUAUAUUGAUAUUUUUGUUUAAAAAUAAAUUAUUACAGCAUUUUCUAUAACGGUACGUACCUUCAUAAAAUUAAGAUAAUAUUGUGUGGCCAUAAAUUUACCGUGAAACAUUGUUUUUAAGAGUGUUGAUUAAAAAAAUUAAAUUACCUACAAUUUAUCUCUCAAAAACAAUAUUUCCAUACCCAAAAAGUAUGUAAAUAUAAAAGAAAAUGUAAAUGACCUUAGAAAAUAAAAUUAUCAAAAUAAUAAAAAUAUGUAAAUUAGAGAUCACCGCAAAACAGCCUGUAACAAUAUCCCGUACCUAAAGUUUUUAGUUUUUAAAACAAAACAUUGUGAAGUUGUGUAUUUUAAAUAAAAUUGCGAAUAAAUUAUCAAUACUUAUUGAUAUUUCAA